UGCCGCCGACCAAUGGUUCGCCGGCCGCGUUGGACGUGAGACUAUAAAGCGCGCAGAGAGCCGGGGCGACUUCAGUCUAGAAAGAGGGGGGAAAAAAAAGACAGAGGAAAAAAGUAAAAGAAAAAGAGGAGGAAAAGAGGACCGCGAGCCACCGUUGAAGUCACAUCGAAUCAUCAUUGGGCGAUAAUGCUGCGCGUGAGGUGUCUGAGAGGAGGCAGCAGGGGGGCAGAGGCGGCCCAUCUGAUCGGAGCCAUGGUGGGCCGCGCAGCGACCGGUUGGGUGCAUCGGGCCUUCCAGAGCACCUCCAGCGCGGCAGCUGCUCAAACACAGCCGACGGUUGAGGACGACCAUGUUACUGACCCCGCGCGGCAGGGGUGUCCUGUGAGCAGCUACAACGAAUGGGACCCUCUGGAGGAGGUCAUCGUGGGCCGGGCCGAAAAUGCCCGUGUUCCCCCCUUCACCGUGGAAGUGAAAGCUAACACAUACGAGAAGUACUGGUCCUUCUAUCAGAAGUACGGGGGCCAACCUUUUCCUGCGGACCACUUGAAAAAAGCAGUUUCUGAGAUCGAGGAAAUGUGCAAUAUUCUGCGUCACGAGGGCGUGAAUGUGAGGAGGCCAGAACGCGUCGACUGGUCCUUGGAGUACAAAACUCCCGACUUCCAAUCAUCAGGCAUGUACGCCGCCAUGCCCCGCGAUAUCCUCAUGGUGGUGGGAAACGAGAUCAUCGAGGCUCCGAUGGCGUGGAGAGCUCGCUUCUUCGAGUACCGAGCGUACCGACCUUUGAUCAAGGAGUAUUUCAGAAAAGGUGCUAAAUGGACCACCGCCCCCAAGCCCACCAUGGCCGACGAGCUGUACGAUCAGGACUACCCCAUCCGAACGGUGGAAGACAGACACAAGCUGGCCGCUCAGGGCAAAUUCGUGACGACUGAGCACGAGCCCUGCUUCGACGCCGCCGAUUUCAUCCGGGCCGGCAAGGACCUUUUUGUGCAGAGAAGUCAGGUUACAAACUACAUGGGAAUCGAGUGGAUGCGCCGUCACCUGGCGCCGGACUACAAUAUCCACAUCAUCUCAUUCAAAGACCCCAACCCCAUGCACAUUGACGCCACCUUCAACAUCAUCGGACCGGGGCUGGUGCUCUCAAACCCCGAUCGGCCGUGUCUCCAGAUUGACAUGUUCAAGAAGGCAGGAUGGACCGUCGUGAAACCCCCGACACCUCUGAUUCCCGAUGAUCACCCGCUCUGGAUGUCCUCCAAAUGGUUGUCCAUGAAUGUUUUGAUGCUGGAUGAGAAGCGCGUCAUGGUCGACGCCAACGAAGCCACCAUUCAGAAAAUGUUUGAGAACCUCGGAAUAAAGACCGUAAAGGUGAACAUUCGUCAUGCCAACUCGCUGGGCGGCGGCUUCCACUGCUGGACUACCGACGUCCGCCGCCGCGGCACGCUGCAGUCCUACUUCCACUAGCCUUGCCAGAAACGGGCAGUUUUUAUUGAGCUUUACAAGAUUAGCGCCUCCGUUUGGAAUUUUAAUUCAAUUGCGGAUUUCGGAUCGAUCACCUAGUGCGUCACUAACCACGACAAUUAACACGGGGGCUGUAUAGCUUUUCUUAGUCAAUUUUUUUUUAACUUGCGUGUGAGCGUCAAACAAGUGAACAUUAUGUUCUUUAAAAGUGUAGAAACAAAUACACAAAUCCAUUGAUUUGUCCUAUCAGAGUGCACCAAAGUCAUUUUCCAGAUUGGGUAUUUAUGUCCUGAACAAAUUUUGUUUUGAGGUGACGUCGCUGAGCGUUACCGUGCCUUUGCAAACAGCUUUGUUUUGAUGUACAGUGAACCUCCGCUUACCGCAGUUUCCGGCCUACAGAGCGCACCUGAUUAUAAGCCUCACGCAGUACAUUUGUAAAGGAAAUACCAUUUGGUACAUCAGUAAAGUGCCCACAUUGAAAUGGGACACAGAAAGAGUUUUCAAAGUUUUAAUACCUUAGCUUAGCUUAACAUAGCAACAACACGCUAGCAUGAACUGGGCUGAUAAAAAAAAAAAAAAACCCCAUACAGGUACUAACGCUAGUGUGGCGCUAACAGAGCAGGUUAAAAAAAACAUACCGAUAAAAAUCACUGAGACACAGCAGUAACACAGCAGCAACACGCUAGCACACCGCUAACGCAGCACUAACAGGGCAAGUUAAAAAAAAUACAUACCUACAUCACUCAGACAUGGCAGUAACACAUCCGCAACACGCUAGCGCGGCGCGAACAGAGUCGGUUAAAAAAACAUAGCGGUAAAAAUCACUGAGACACAGCAGUAACACAGCAGCAACACGCUAGCGUGGCACUAACGCAAGCGUGGCGGUAACGCUAGCGUGGCGCUAACAGAGUCGGUUAAAAAAACAUACCGGUAAAAAUCACUGAGACACGGCAGUAACACAGCAGUAACACGCUAGCACAGCACUCUAUCACUAGCGCAGCGCUAACAGGGCCGGUUAAAAACAAACAUACUAGUAAAUAUCACUGAGACACGGCAGUAACACAGCAGCAACAAACCAUCCCGGUAAAAGUCACUUCUUCGGCACAUAUAUUCCACCGGUCUCACUCUUACCUUUUCCGCUCAAGUGCCCCCUUAAAAAUAUUGCACAAAUUAGCCACAUCACGGCAUAAGCCGCAAGGUUGAAUGUGUGUGAAAAAAUUCACAGUUUAUAGACCGGAAAUUACGGUAAUUGCAGUUCAAUAUUUGCUAAUUGGGGAUAUUUAUCCUCUAUUUGAUGAAAAAAACAAAAACAAACAACAACAACAAAAAAUCACGGACUGACUUGGCUCCAUCUUACAGCCAAGGAACCAUGUUGAAGUGAAAGGGAGGAGCUUCAUUAAUUUGUCUAAUUGGGGGGAAAAAGGUGCGAUGAUGUCAAUUUCUGGCAUCAUUUUGGCAAUCGCAAACUGCUUUUUGGUGGCGUGUGAUUACUGUACAUCAAUCAUCUCAUAUUUGUAGUUACACUGUGACAUUAUGCAACGGCUCUGCUAUACAUUCUGCCUAAAGGAGGCUUAUUUGCUUCUUUUUACGAUUAAGUCUCCAGCGUUAUCGGGACGAUAUUAAUUCUAAAUGUUAAUUACGAGGAUGUUUUCUGUGGCGGUGGUAAAGAAAUCACGGCAGAGUCGUUGCGUUGCGCCGUACGAGUGUGCCUCAUAAACGCCCUCCCCACAUCAUUUUAAUUUUUCGUCAUUUUCCAGCGUCACACGACUCAAUAUCAACUGCAUUUCUGGCCUGGCUAGUUUGUGUUUGGCUUCGGCAUCUUCAAGUCAACGUGAGGACAUGGAACAGUUUGCUGAGAGAACGUCAUCGGACGAGGGCACGGGAGGAAUGGAACUACGUCUUUUUUUUUUUUUUUUUAAACACACAGAAACAACACUUUUUUUCCCCCAAAGUAUUUAUAUAUUGAAAGUAAUGUAUUAAAUUUGCUAUGUAGGUCAUUAAACACCAAUUUCUUUUCGCUGGAACACGAUUUUGUAAAGAUUUUAAUCGAUUAGACAACGUUCUGUGUUCUUUCCCAUCAAGUCAUGUUUUUAUAUCUUUACAGUCCAUAUCAGAUAUCGUCUACCUUUUUUUUUUUUUUUUUUUUUUGCCUCUGCUGUUCUCUCGUCGCAAAACUGGGCCAGUUACAUGCUGCAAGUCAUUCUUACCGAACCGCUCGGCUUUUUUAUUUUUUGUUUGGUUUUUGUGUUUGGUAAUUCCAGUGUUGCGUUCACAGUAGGAUACGGUAAAAGCAUUUGUGUGUUUGUGUAAUUCGUGUGUAUUGACCUUCGGAUGUCUCCUGCGACUGGAGGAUUACUGCAAAUGCUGUUUUGUACGCUGAAACGUCUUAAAAAAAGGAAUUAAAAGGGUGUGUCUUUCA